ACGGCGCUGCCCUCGGCACGCGCGUCCGUCCAGGCGCUCGGCUGCCGGCUCUCGGUGAGCGCCGCAGGGCCGGGUCGGGCCGAGCCUGGCGAGGCGGCCGGGAGGUGUGCGCGCCUGGGGCGGCAGCGAGGCGGGGCGGUCGCAGCCCCUCGCCACGCUCCAACGCCCGCCGCCGCGCGCGCCUCCCUCCCUCCGCCCGCUGAUGCAAUCGGAGCCCGCGAGCGGCGGCGGCCCCGGCAGCAGCAGUCCCGGCCCCGGCGGAGCUCGUGUGGGGAUCGGGCGGCGCGCAGUCCGCAUCGCAGCGCGCGGGGAGCAGCGCCGUUCGGCAGCACCAUGAAGGGCUGUCAGAACACGUGCAUGGCUGGAGGAUGUUCAGAGGAAGCAACAAAGCAUGUGACUGAAUCUUUCAAGGCUUCAGACUUGAUUAUCACCCCAGCUACGACUUUCAAGGAAAAGCCAGACCCCAGUGGUUUGGUAUUUGGAACUGUGUUCACUGAUAAUAUGCUGACAAUUGAAUGGUCCUCAGCUUCAGGAUGGGAGAAGCCUUGUAUUAAACCACUUCAAAACCUCUCCUUGCAUCCAGCCUGUUCAUCUCUGCAUUAUGCUACAGAAUUGUUUGAAGGAAUGAAGGCGUACCGAGGAGUGGAUGGCAAAAUCCGCCUGUUUCGGCCAAACCUCAACAUGGAAAGGAUGGCACGAUCAGCAAGACGAAUGACUCUACCAUGUUUUGACCAGAAUGAGCUGUUAGAGUGCAUCCGGAAGCUUGUGGAAGUGGAAAAGGAAUGGGUCCCAUACUCAACUGCUGCCAGCCUGUACAUCCGUCCUACCUUAAUUGGAACAGAGCCUUCCCUGGGAGUGAAGAAGCCAACUAAAGCCCUACUGUACGUCAUACUGAGCCCUGUGGGUGCUUACUUUUCGAGUGAAUGCUUUAAUCCAAUAUCAUUAUGGGCAGAUCCAAAAUAUGUAAGAGCCUGGAAAGGAGGAACAGGGGACUGCAAACUGGGAGGGAAUUAUGGUUCUUCUAUUUGUGCUCAGCAAGAAGCCCUGGAGUUAGGCUGCCAGCAGGUUCUGUGGCUCUAUGGAGAAGAUCACCAAAUAACUGAAGUUGGAACAAUGAAUCUAUUUCUCUACUGGAUAAAUGAAGAUGGAGAAAAUGAACUGGCAACUCCACCUUUAGAUGGCAUCAUCCUUCCAGGAGUGACAAGACAAAGCAUUUUGGAUCUGGCACGCAACUGGGGAGAAUUUAAGGUGUCUGAGCGUUACAUCACCAUGAGUGACCUGACAGCUGCCUUGGAAGAGAACAGAGUGAAGGAGAUGUUUGGGGCUGGAACAGCUUGUAUUGUAUGUCCCAUCUCCAGAAUUCUGUAUAAGGGCAACCAUUUGCACAUUCCAACUAUGGAAAAUGGACCUCAGUUAAGCACCCGAAUCCUGAAUAAGCUGACUGAUAUCCAGUAUGGAAGAGAAGACAGCGAUUGGACUGUGCUGGUGUCAUGAAGGUGGAAGAGUUCAGACCCUCCAGACAGAAUAAACACAAAUAAUGAUAACUUCUGUAGCUGCCCGUGCGUAGCUUAGUUUCUGCAUCAGUUUGCUCCUCGGGAUGAUUGUUUCCACAAUCCAGUGAAUGUGAACACAAUCAUUUUGUUUUCUACUGUAAUCCUGUUAGUAGAAGCCUGUCUUCUUGGUAGAGGUGCUAAAUGUUAGCAAUAGAACUUUCCUGAUGGUUUUCUUAGUGCCUCCUUGUGUCUUAUGUACAGCCUAAAAACUUGUAAAAUGCUCUUCAACUGCUCUUCAGUUUGUUUGGUUUAUUUUAACUGCCAUCGCCAGCAGAGCAAGUUGUUGUAUAAAGCAGAGAAAUUGCCUGUUAGUUGUCCACAGGGUUCUAUUGCCAUUAUUCUGCCUUUUGCUCUGUGUUCAAAAAACAAUUAAGUUUAACCAAAUGCUCUGUCCUUUCCUAACCUGCUUGAAUGAAAAUUCCCGAGUUUUCAUAGGCCCACAGAUUCCUUCAUCCAUAUUCUAUCAGAUAACAACUCCGUCCUUUAGCCCAGAUGCUUAGUAUGGAUCUCAUGUGCAACAUGCUCCUUGUUGGCCUACUACUUUUACCUCUGCAGAGAUAAGUGGAGACUGGUAGGGCAGGACAUACCUCAUUAAUAGGUGAAUACAUCCUUCAGUACAUGAUGUCCAGGGCUGAGCCAGACUGUGCUGACACCAGAAUUGCCCUUUGUCUGGCAUAGCAGAGAUCUGGGAGCUGCUGACGUAGUGUCGCCUUCUGGGUGAAUGCGUAGAAAAUACAAUGAAACAACUGUGGUUGUAGAAGUUGAACUGCUCUUCAUUUGGUUGAAGUGAGAGCAACCAAGCCUUUGGAUUGAGGAUGAAUUAAACGGAUUUUCCUUCAACAUCCAGACAAUAUGAUUUAGAUCAGCAAAAGGUUUUCUUGUUCCCUUCACCGCUCACAGGGCCUUUCUGUUUAAGGAACAAGUUGUGUUGUCAGGAGAAAAUAUCUAGCUCAAGAAGGAAAGGAAUUACAUUCAAACUCUGUUUUUCAUUAUGAUUAAGUAUAAAGUUCUUCAUAUUCUGCUGCUAUUUGAGCUACAUGCUCUAUAUUAUUUCUGUAGUAAGGGAAUUAACUUCUGCAAAGAUUCACUAAGAAAUAUCCUGUAAUAUUUAUUAGCUUUCUUUUUUUGCACACAGAUUUGUCAAAUAGCUUUAGAAUAUCUCUAGCCAAAAGGAUCACUAUAUUCUGUAUCAAUAUUCCAAAGUGCUACUUCAAUGUAAAGCUGGCGGAACUUCACUGACACUAACAGAGUUCUGUAAGAAGUGAAGGUAGAACAUGUAUUUCCAUAGUUUGCAGUAGGGAUGCACCAGUGUUAAGGGAAAUUUUUAGCACAUUAUUUUACGUUGUUUUUUUUUUUUAAGAAGAUUCAACAGUAUUUCUCAUGCUUUUUAAGUUCUUUGUAAUUACUGGAAUUCGUUAUCAUAAUUUAAAAAGGCAAAACAGAAUUUGUAAUAGUCCACCCACGCCUUAUACAGCUGCUGUGAGCUCACAUUAUGGCUUUUAUGUUUGUUUUUUUUUUGGGGGGGGGGUUUAAAGACAACCCAUACUUAGCCAUCAGUUACUUUGCUCCCUCAAAUCAUGACUUUUACUGUCUUUCACUGUGACCCAAUCAGAUUUUUUUAAUGAAGAGCAGUUGGAGGUUCUCUCUGAUAAUGUAACUACUGUUAAGUUGUUGAACGGUUUUCUCUUUAGAAUACAACUGCAAGCACAAAAUUUUGUUUCACAGUAGCAUUAGUACUGUGUGUUCCCUUUUCUGACCAUCUGAAUCAGUAUAGUGUGCUGGUCUUUGUUCAGUAUCUUAGUAUGUAUUAUAAGCUGCUAGCAGUCUUCCAUUUUUCUUUAAGAAGAUGGGUGGAAAAAUUUACAUGGGGAAUAUGUCAAAGUGCAGAGUGGGGUAGGGAGUUUUAUGCAAUGAGGCAAGUAUCGUAACUAAAGAGUGCCUUUAACUCAAACAUGGCAUGGAGCUUUCUGUUACUGAAGUAUACAAUUCAGACCCUUAUAUUCAUCUUCAAUUUAGCAGCAAAAGGAAAAGUUGUAAUAAUCUAGCUUCAGAUGCAUGGCAAAGUGGAUGUAUGAUACCUUCACGUCUCACAAUCUUGAUAGAGUUGGUGGAUAUCUCGUAUCAAAAAUCCCCAUGAAGGGAUGAGCGUACCAAGAUUAAUCUAUUCAGUCAGAUUGAGUAAGGACAAGUGUGAAGAAUUAUUUUACUGUGGUGCAGAACUUGAAAGUUGUGUAAAGCUUUUCUUAAAUUGGAUGCAAGUAAUUUAAUGUGAGGAAACGAAAUAGCUUCAUUUAUUGUGGUUUGCACUGCUGCCUGUACUGACCAGGGAGACGCCUCUCCUUUUAUUGCACGUACUGAACUGAUGGGUACUUCAGAAUUAUAAAGUUGAAACUGGAAUGUCCCACAGAAAUCCACAGGCUUUUCUAGCUGCAAGAAUAAAAACAUAGUGUAUGUAUAGUCAGCUGUUCUUAACAUUUGGUUACUUGCUUUAUUCUGGCUGUGUCAAUUCAGCUCUGUGGUUGUUUCUAAAUCCAAGUGGAUAGAUUCUAGAUUUUAAACUUUAAAACCUAAAUAAAGGGAGAUGUCAGGUCAGCAUCAUACAGGAAAUUCUUCUGAUCUCGCAUGCUGUCCUAUCCUGCGUUCUGCCACUAUUUUUUAUCCUGUUAACCAAAGGAAAGAAAUAAUAUGUGUAAAUAAUUGUGUUUGGUAUCGUGUUCUUCCUAUUUUUGCUUGUAAAAUUUAGGAGGGAACUGUGGUAUUCCCUGAUCUAGUAAUAGAUUGUAAAAGAACAUCUGCACAUCUCUUUUUCAUGUGCCCUAUUUGUUUAAUUGCAGUGGAUUUGCAUAGAAAGUGAAUGGUACAUCAUAACUAGGCAAUUAUCCAUUCUUACUCACUUAGUUAUGGUUCUCUUAAUUGAUCAUUUAAGACUUAAGAUAGUCUAACAUUAGAAUUUGAGACUGUUUAAAGAAGAUCAACGAAUUCAUAUUGUUGUCUGAUAUUUGCAUAAUUGAUUGCAAUUAUUUAAUGUCUGAGUGGGUUGAUCAAUUGAGAUUCAUCCUUUUCACGUUUGUGCUUUACAAACACUGAUCCUUUAAAAUGAUAAUGAUGAACUCUAAUUUUCAUCUUUCUUUCCCCCUUCAUUCCUUUGAUUAUUAUUUUCAGUGCUGAGCGUGUCCUUAAUUUCCAGUUUGGUGAGUAUGAUUUAUGCUUGGAAAAGAAGUCCUUCAAAUGAGAGAACAUUUCAUAAAAUUGGCAUUUCGUACAGGCUGUUCUGAUGCCAAGAGUUAUGGUAUCAGCAACUGGUGUUACUUAACUAGAUUCUUAACUGCAGUGAGGGCAAAUUCACUGAAGAUUUACAGUGACAGACUGGUGAGAAUGCUAAUAAAGGUCCCUGCUCAGAAUAGAUAAUCUGUUGAGCCCAUAGUGGUGCAAAGCAAACAUGAUUUUUCCAGGAUGUAGAAAGGAAAUCUGACAGGGCAAAAGCCAAGACAGCAAGAGAUCUCUCUACCCAGCCAGUUUACACCUGUCCAACUAUCUCAAUCCAAAAAGCAGUUGUCCUCCGUUCCUCUUUCUUAGAUAAACUCUUGUCUAGGGUGUACCUAAUUCAAUAGGGAGAUAGAAAUUGAUCUCUCCUGUAUGCUUACUUUAUACUUAUUUUUCCUCAGGCACAAACAGUGGUAAUUUGGAAAAAAUGGGUAUUUGAAAGGGUGAUUUGGAAUGUGAGUUCUUUGAAAUGUCUGUGUAAUGCAUAGAUUUCCAAGGAGAGAGAUAAACAGCUGGGAGUGAUCCCACAGCAGCCUAUUUAGAGGAGAAACUGUCUUGAAUUCAGUGGCCUCUCCAAAACGAUCUACAGAAUCUCAGCAGAUUGCUUACUGUGAACUGACUCUUGAUAGUGCCUAGCUGCAAAGUAGAUCACAAAGAUGGUAUCACAGCCUGUCAGAUUAUGGCUGUGUCAGACUUUUCUCUCUGCAUGGGAAUCUCUGUACUGAUGGUUCUAAUGUCCUAGUGGUAGGCUUGUAUACUGAGAGGUGGGCUGGCAUAAACAUUGGCUGAGCACACCCUGAGGCUGACCAUUCUUUUCUGUCUUCCUCUCCCUUCCACACAGAUUUGCAAACCCUUUUCCCCUUACUGUCCUGUCAUGAUGUCACAUAGUUUCAUGGUUAUAAUGGCCGUUUAAGCAAAUUGUGCAUUGGUUUUGUUUUUAGCAGUAGUGACAGUUUACUAAAAAAAAAAAAAAAAAAGUGUUGUAUUCAUCUUGCAGGCAUGAUCAGGGAUCAGAAUUGCACUUUACCACCUGACCAUGUAAUGACUGAACAGACUGACACUGACUUUGUGACCCUGGGCAAGUGUUCUAACUUCUUUCUAAGUGCAGAGUAGUAGUAAUACCAGUCAUAUUGCUUUUAACUCUAAUCCAAAGUUAUUUUAUUACAGAACAAAUAAGCUUCCCAGAAAGCUUUCUAAGCAGCAGAGAAUGAUGCCAAGUAUGGUACAGUACUUCUACUGUAGAAUCACUAUGCAACUAUUCUGAAGGGACACCUUGUCAUGUAGCAUUGAGACAGACUUCUUUAAUUAUCUCAGCUACAAAUUUUCUGAAUUGCAUUAUUUAGCAAUUGGGAAUGUCAAACCACUGUUUUACUGUGUUUUGUCACUACCCUCAAAAAUUUGGAAAAAUAAUUUAUAAGUCUUGAAUCAUUUUUGAACUAAGUCACUUCUUAAUAAAUACAUCAAUAGUUUUAGUCAUAAUAGCAAAAUAGAUUACUGAUAUUGCAUUGGUGGAAAACCGCAUUGCUGCUGUCAUUCUGCUUAUGCCUUGCUUUCAGCCUAGUAGUUAGUUAGAACUAUUUUCUCUUAACCAUGCGAAAUCUGCAUGCUGUCUAUGGCACAGCUGGCAAAUGUGUCUAACUCCAUUAACAAAACUUCUGCAUUACUUUGAGCUUGAACAGUAAAGUACAUUAGGACCUAGCAGGUGUGCAACAAUACUGAAUUAGAAUAGUCAAGCCUUAGACAUAAAAAAAAAAUUGGGAAUUAGUAGCUGAGAUGGAAAUAAAUAUCUUUGACCACAUGAGCAAGGUUUACCACACCUGACAUUCCUAAAAAUAGUUAUGUUUAAAGUCACUAGUAGAAACAGCAUGGCUAAAUCCUUGUGCCUGCCUUUGAACACGAAUUUACACUGUGUUUGCUUAUCAUGAAACUUAAUUUAUUGUGUCUUAUUUUUAGCACAAUUCUAAAUUCUCAUGCCAUGCUUUAAAGAAAAAAAGAAAGCAUUUCACGUGAACAGGAGGAUGUUAAGGAGGAUUUAAGACCUUUGUAAAGAAUUUUGAAACUCUUUAAAAUAUCUUCUGGAUAAAGUUAAGGAAGGAGAAGACAAAUUUAUAGACAUAAGUAACUAUAGUGUACCAAAUGAUUUUCCAGUGCUUUGGAGUCGCUCACAUUAUGCUUCAUCCUCUUUUCCAGGAUCAUUUUUGUUUUUGACCAAAGAGACGUGCAGGGAAAAGCAGAUAAAAUAAGCUUAGUGCUUUUUUUUUCCCAAGCAAGAGUUGGGAAAGUUUGUAAGAGCUGGUUCUCUUACAUUGCUAACUCUUUAGGACUUGAGUUUCUCACGCUUGUAGCAGUCAUUUUAGGUGUGAGAUGGAAGAGCUCAGAAGUUAUCUCAGGCAGUACUGUCAUGAGGGAGCAGAUCUGUUUUCACUUUAUGAUCACAGUGAUCAAGAUGUGAACACAUCAUCUUUUAAAUGUUGCAUCUUUUUAAUAAAAAGUUGCUUUUCAUUUUAGGGCUGUGAUGCAGCGUCACUGAACUGUUGUCUUACAUUAUGAUGUCUCAAGAGGUUACAAGAAGAAUGCAAGUGUUCUUUUUCUUUAUGUAAUCACCUUCCUUUAUGCCAAAUCCUUUCUUUGUUAUUAUUUGUUCUCUGCUCGAAUUGUGAUCUUUUCAGGUGAAAUACCAGAUUUGUGGGUUUUUUUCUCUGCUAUCCAGUUCUAGUGCCUGCUGAGUUAUUUUGAUAAGUUCAAAGUAGUGGCAGCAAAUGUCAGAGCAAAAAGUGAAGUGAAGGUUUUCUGUCUCCAGAAUAGAUGUGCUAGGAAUUAGUCAAAUUACCUAUCUCCUUACUUCAGUCAAGAUGGGAAUUGAGAAGAAUACAAUCACCAUUCUCAUUCAGUCCAAAACAGAGACUACCCAGGUAUACCAAAUGCCUAGCAGCAUGGUAGAUUUCUAUUCAUGAAUGCUCCUACUCAGUUGCUUAAAUACUUACAUCUGUGCCUAUAUUUUCAUAUUUUACCCCUCGUAGCAUAGCUAAAACCUGCAACACACUUCUGUAUGCCAUGAAACCAUAAAAUAAUAGAUUAAAGCAAAUAAGUAGUGCUCCAGACCAUCUAAAACCGAGACACUCUUUUCUACGUGUCGGUGGCCUAUUUUGUUCCUGUAAUUUCUAUUUAUCUUCUAAUGGCCUAAUAACUGAUGAGAAUGAGAAGUAGGACACCAGUAUAUUAUUAUUUCUGUUCCAUGGAUAAGGAUGUUGACGAAGAAUGAACCUGUUCCCCCGUCUCCUGAGAAGAUGGCUUAUAUGCUGGCUGGUGUCUACCAUAAAGAGUGGCAGAACAUCAGACAUUCUUUGCCAAGGUGGAGACUAGUAGUUUUAUCUGAAGCUAUGUGCAAACAAUUUCUGUUAGGCCAGUCAAUUUGGAAAGACAGAUGUCCCUGUCUACCUGACCUUCAAGGCAUUUAGAAGGAUGCAGUAGUAGUUCUUGGAAUGUAGCAUGUAAGCAGUGGGAAAUUAGCAACAUAAAAGUGAGAAGUAAACACCUCUGAAGGGUCUCUGUUGUCUUAAAUGUUAAAGUUAACAGGGUAUUUUACAAGGAUCUGAGCUUAUAAAAGCAGUAAAGGACAGAUGUGUGAAAAAAUACUGGAUAAACUAAAGGAAAGUCUACCUCAUUCUUCUUUAAAGGUUUUGUAGAAGCACAAUUAAACACUCCUAACGGCAUUGUUACAUACAGACCAUCUGGCAUGAAAGAAACACUUUAUAUUUGUAUGUCUAUAAAUCCUGUAAUAACUGUAUUUUGCUGGCAGUAGAAACAGUCUAUACUAUUUGCAGUUUUCCUCAUCAAAUCUGUAAUUAUGCAAUGUUUCUGUCUCCAAUAAAGGAAUUUAAUGGGCA